UAAUGUGAAGGGUGACACGCCUUCUCCCAGCUUGUCGGCCAUGUUGAUUUGUAAAGUCUGCCGAAAAACGAGACGCUGACGAGUUUGUUUUUUAAACAAAACUGUUGUUGAUUUCGAAUAUUUUGGCUUCACAUGCUGCUGCUAUGCUAGGCAACGAAAGGUCGUCCGGAAGUUACAAGAGCUCGCGCAGCAUGAAGCGCAGCUCGGACAGAGACACUCCGCCGUUGAGCAGCAAGAGGUCACGGUCCAUCGGCCGCUACGAUGACAGCAGUGACGAGCGCGUGAGCCCCGACCGCGAGAGACGGAGGGGUCGAACUCCACAUGAAAGUCCACCUCGUGGUGGGCGCUACCCUGAAAGGGAUGAUUAUCGUGGUGGUGGGUCACGGACAUACUCUUAUAAAGUGUUGUGCGUGACGUCCCUUCAUCCCAAGGCCAGUGACGAGGUCAUAAAAGAUACGCUGUACCGCGAGUACAAGAAGUAUGGAGACAUCAGUGUGCGGAUUUCACACGACCCAGACGAGCGGGUUGGCUAUGUGGUCUUCCGGAGCUACGAGGACGCCCGGGAGGCAAAGCACGCCAAACCCCGAAUCAUAAUUUUCGACAAAGCGGCCGUAGUGGAGCCUGUUUAUGACAGAGGAAAUUCUGGAGGCGGCGGUGGUGGGGGCGGCGGUGGCGAGUACCGCCGUCCAAGGAGCGUCACUCCGGAGUAUGAUCGGAACUACUAUAGACAGAGGUCGCCGGGAAUGGUGGACAGCAGACACCGCGCCAAUUACGACUACGGUCCUCCACCGAUGAGGGGUGAAUUCCGCAGAGAUCCUGCCCCUCACGACUACAUGUCCUCGCACACCAGACACCCUCCCCCGCAGGGUCCAGCACACCACUAUGGCGCUCCCAGAGGUGGCCCUGGAAUGUACAGCAAGGGUGGCAGCUACGACAAGCAUGAAAACAAGAAGGACAAGUUUCCAAAUUACCUCCACCAUCAACUGCCAGAGGAUGACCCUCUGGCCACCAGGACUUUGUUUGCCGGGAACCUGGAGGUAAACAUAUCCGACGAGGAGCUGAGACGCAUAUUUGGACGGUACGGCAUCGUCGAAGACAUCGAUAUCAAGAGGCCGCCACCUGGAACAGGAAACGCCUACGCGUUUGUCCGCUUCCAGAACUUGGACAUGGCACACCGAUCCAAGGUGGAGUUGUCGGGACAGUACAUCGGCAAGUUCCAGUGCAAGAUUGGCUACGGAAAAGUGACACCAACCACUCGCAUCUGGGUGGGCGGUCUCGGUCCAUGGACUUCUCUGCCACAGUUGGAGCGCGAGUUUGACCGCUUCGGAGCAAUCAAGAAGAUCGACUACGUCAAGGGUGACAGCUGCGCCUACAUCCAGUAUGAUUCGAUGGACGCUGCCCAGGCAGCCGUCAAAGAGAUGCGUGGCUUCCCUCUCGGAGGUCCCGACCGGCGUCUGCGGAUUGAUUUUGCAGACGUACAGGGCGCUGCCCCUGCCUUUCCAUACAGCAAGGGCAGGGAGUUUAGUGGUGGCAGUGGCGGGUACGAGGGCAACUUCGAAGGCGGAUGGGAGGAAGGCAAUGGCUUCAACUACGGGAGUGGAGGCGGCGGUGGAGGUUCAUCCAGGGGCUACCGUGGAGGCUCUGGCAGUGCGGCCGGUGGGGACCGAAGUUCCGGACGCUCUUUUCGUGGCCGUGGAGGCGGCUACCGAGGCUACGGUCAACCUGGCUUUGAUGAGGAAUGGAAGGGUGGACCUGAUGAUGGGAGGAGAUCACACACGCCCGAACCUGGUGAGGAUCGGUCUCCACGCCCGACUUCAAGAACAAGAAGGUCAUCAAGGUCACUAUCUCCUGAGGCUCGAAAUGGCAGUGGACCUCUUGGGUCGGCACGGACGUUGCCAGAGUUGGCGCGCAAGUGCGAGGUUAAUUGGAGUGGUGGGCUAGUGUUGAAGAAUUCCCUCUUCCCGGCCAAGUUCCAUUUGACGGACGGAGAAACGGACAUUGUGGACAUCCUGAUCAAGGACCAGGCUGGACGCAACCAGCUGCGAAUCACUCAGCGACUUCGACUGGACCCCCCAAAGUUGGAAGAUGUGUCCAAGAGGAUGGUGACUGCUGGUGCGCAUGGCGUCUUCUUGGGGCUGCCUGCGUCCACAUCGAGCAUCACUCCGGAGGAUGCAAGUGUUCAGGCGCGUCCGGUGCGCAACCUGGUUGCCUACUUGAAGCAGAAGGAGGCCGCCGGCGUAAUUUCGUUGACCAAUAAGGACAAUGAGACCACCGGCGUUCUAUACGCGUUCCCGCCGUGCAAGUUUUCAGCUGAACUGUUGAAACGAACCGCCCCUGCUUUGUCCGAAGAAGGCCUCAAGGAGGACCACUUGGUUGUGGUAGUGGUAAGGGGCGCAUCUAAUUAAUCUUUGUUAUCUCUUUCAGCAGUUCAUGGUCAGCACGGAAAUUUUAUUAGUUAGCUUUUAAUUAAAUUGGGCUAAGCAUUAGCUAAUGCAAUCCUUUCUUUUUUUGAAGUAAUGAUAUUAUUUUGGCAAAGCUAAUUAUAAUUUGGGGACAGUGAAGCCAAUUUAUUUUUCUUUUCAUUGAAAAUGUAAAAAUUUAUGAUUUUGUUCAAGAUUUUUGGCCUAAUCGUUUGACCUUAAAAAUGGAUCCCCAUUUUUUUUAUUUCCCGUUUUUGAUUUAUUAGUGUAGAAUUUAAGUUCUUAAUAAUCCUUGGUUUGCUGAUAAAGAUGUUAAUGUUCUGGAUAAAUGCCAUACGAGCAAGCAUUAUACUGUUUCUGUCAAUGUGAAGGUGUACUUUGCCCAGUGCUUCUUUAUCUAUAGUUGUCGUGUCGAACAACAGGAGCACAUCGGCGCCAACACAACAUAAUGGUUCGUGUUCUCUAGAGCAGUGUAUCGUCAUCAUAAAUUAAAGCUUACCACUAUCAGUGCUGAGAAAUAAAUUCAAAAAAUGUGUCAUUGUGCCACCCACCUGUUUAAUCCUAAUAAGUUUCUUCGUGUGAGUCCGGCGGUGUUUUCUUAGUCAGUCGAGUGCAGUUCGUUGCUUUUCUCAUUGUUUAUAGUUAGCAGUGCCAGUCACAGAAAUUUCAAAGUGAAUCCGUGGUUUAUAAUUAUUUGCUUUCCCGCAAUGAGUUCAAAUUGGUGAAUUUGCUGGUGCGCUCAAAACGAAAAUUGUGAUCGAUGCCACUUCUCGCUCUAGAGUCUCAAAUCUGCGCUUCCAACGCCCUCCCAGUCACGCAUCUCCUUCAAGGGGUCCCUGAAAGAAGUAGUGCUUCUAUGUCUGAUUAGUGAAUUCAGUUAUGGGUGGUUAUUUCUUUUUAUUUGAUUAGAAAAAAAAAAUGAAAAGUUCAGUGCACGAGAGCUUCAGUGGUGCAGCAACUACUGAAUGAGAUUUAGUGCUUAAUUUGGGUGUUGUGAGAGUGGCGGAGGUUCUCAAAAGUAAUUUCAAAGUUCUUGAAGAAAAUCCGGCGGUGCUCAAAUAUGUGCCAAGUUUUAGUGGGUUUUUUUAUAGUUCUAAAGAUAUAAGUGCAAAAAAGUGGGGUUCAAAAAUUGCACCAUGAUGGUAUUUAAAAAAGUGCUUUAUUUUCAGUUUCCAGUUUAAAUGCUGUGAAAGUUUUCUAUAAAAGUGCAUCACUUCAGUGGUUGUUUUUUUUAUUGUUGUUAAAGGUGAUGAAACCAACAAAAGUGCAGUUAUGAAUGAGUAAUUUUUGAAAAGGCACAAAGUGUGGUUUGGUGUGAGAAAGCACUAUCAACGAGAAGUGAGAAAAGGGAAAAAAUGUGAAUGUUCAUUUGGGGAUUUUUGGCACAUUUAUUUUGACUUUCGCAAAUCUGAAUGAGAGUUUCUUUUUUAAUUUUAACUACUUUUCCAUCUUCACCCUAUCAAUCGUUUUAAUUUUAUCCUGCGUCAAAUAAAAAAAUAGCACAAAACGGCAAAA